UAAAGAAGCACGUAUCACCUUACGGAUCCACAAUCCAAGUGACCCGAUCCGGGGACCGUGACCCAAACACUCACACGUAAUACACCACAAAUAACGUCAACUCUCCAUCUUCUUCCAUGCAUCUGAAUGGAUAAACCCUAAUUCCUUCUAAACCACAAAAAAUAAAAAUUUCUUCCUUAUUACCUUGUAAUCUCCUCCUCAUCCAUUUUCCAAUCAAUCCCACCUCCUGAAACCCUCGAUCGAUUCAAUCAUGGGUUGCGCCUCAUCUAAACAAGUUGAGGUCGGAACAGUCGACGUCUACCGUCCGGCCUCCACCAGUUUCGCCGUCUUCGAUAUCAACGCCAUCAAAGAGCCGUGGCUAGCGGCGGAGGAACAAGAAGAAGAUGAGAAACCACCUCCGGAAAAGCCCGUAACCCACUUGCCAUCUCCUAUUCUCGAGAAGCUCGACGCCGGCGAGGAUGCUCCACGAUCAUGGGAUGAAGUCAGCAAAGAGUUGGAAGAUCUGAAACCCACCUUAAACUCACCUAAACCUCCCCAACCUCCUCCAAAUCCGGCGGUUACACCGCCUGAAAAGCCGGCGCCGGAGCCGGCGAAGAAGGUGAAACGUAAGAGCUUCUCUUUCCACACUCUUGAAGAACUUGAAAACAACGUCACAAAGGCUGCAAACAAAGCAGCAUCCGGGUUGAAAAAGACUGAGUCGUUCAACGAGUUAAACAAAUUCGGGUCCCGAUUGAAACGAACCGACCCGGGUACCAAAUCCGGGACACAUACCGGGUCGGUUCAACCUCCUGUGACGGACGGGUAUAUACCAUUGAAAGAAAACCCGUUUUUGUUACGCGAUAGAUUGGAGAGAGAAAGGGAAGGUAAACCGCCGCCUUUUUUUAAGAGGGACCCACUUGAGGAUUACCCGGAAAUUUGCCCACCGGGCGGGUCGGAAAAAGUGGUCAUCUACACCACAUCAUUGGGUGGGAUCCGAAGGACAUAUGAGGAUUGUAAUCGAGUCCGAGCCAUUAUGGAGCUCCAUGGGUUUGUUUACGAAGAACGAGAUAUAUCGUUACACGGCGAGUUCCGAACUCAGUUGAAAGAGCUACUUGGUGAGUUGGUGAGUGUCCCGCGGAUGUUCGUAAAGGGUAGAUAUCUAGGGGGUGUCGAUGAGAUUGUGGGAUUGAAUGAGAUGAGUCGACUCAGAAGGAUACUGAGUCGAGUUGGGAUCGAGAAAGUGGUUGGGAGGCAAGCGUGUGAAGGGUGCGGUGGUGCAAGGUUCGUGCCAUGCUUGGAUUGCGGAGGUAGUUGUAAGGUGGUGGUUGACGAUAAGAAAGAAAAGGAAAGAUGUCCAGAAUGUAACGAAAACGGACUCGUAUAUUGUCCUAUUUGUUCAUAAAAUUUUGAAUCGUUUCUUGGCUUAAAUUACCGUUGUAUUUUUGUUUCGGUUUGGUUUUUAGAAUAGCAAGAUAAUAAGAGAUACUUUUGUGA